UUCAAAUUUUUAUCAUUCAUUCAUUAAAAAAAAUUUUAUGACUUGUUGUUGUUGUUGUUUCAUACCGAAUUAAAAAUGCUACAUAUUAUUUUGACAUCUUUAUUCUUGUUAUCAUUAUCAUCUAAUAUAUUUUGUAAUACAAAUGAAGAUAUUGAAGAAAUAAAUCAUUUGUUUUUGGAUCCUUCUCAUUUAUUCCCAUUACUUAAGAAUGAAGUGAUUUUGUUCGAAGAAUUUAUACGCAAACACAAUAAACCGUAUAGAAAUGAUUUAGCAGAGAAAGCAAAACGUUUCAAGAUAUUCAGGCAAAAUUUGCUAAAAAUUCGAAUGCUCAAUCAAAAUGAAUUAGGAUCAGCUGUAUAUGGUAUAACACCGGCCACAGACAUGACCUAUGAAGAAUUUAAACAUCAUUUAGGAUUACGGCCAGAUUUAUAUACACCAAACGAAGAACAGCCGGAAAUUGACGAUUAUUAUUUUCAUGAUAAUGCUCCAGAUUCAUUUGAUUGGCGACAAAAAUUAGGUGUUGUAAGUAGUGUAAAAAAUCAGGAACAAUGCGGUUCUUGUUGGGCAUUCAGUGCAACAGGCAAUAUUGAAGGUGUUUGGGCCUUGAAACGUAACGAAUCGGUUUCUCUUUCCGAGCAAGAACUUGUCGAUUGUGAUACGCUUGACAAUGGCUGUGGUGGAGGACUACCAACAAAUGCAUUCAAAACGGUUAUUCAAUUAGGAGGUAUUGAAUCUGAAACUGAUUAUCCUUAUGAUGCAGAAAAUGAAAAAUGUCAUUUCAAAAAAUCACUUUCUCAUGUAAAGAUUGAUUCAUAUGUUGAGCUACCAAAAAAUGAAACAUACAUCAAAAAUUAUCUCUAUCAUAAUGGUCCCAUUUCCAUUGGAAUCAAUGCAAAUGCAAUGCAAUUCUAUUUUGGUGGUAUUUCACAUCCGCCCAAUUGGCUAUGCAAUCCUAGCAGUCUGGAUCACGGUGUUUUAAUUGUUGGUUAUGGUACGGGCAAAACCCGUAUUCUACAUAAAAUACAACCAUAUUGGAUCAUUAAAAAUAGCUGGGGAAGAACCUGGGGUGAAAAGGGAUAUUAUCGUGUAUAUCGUGGCAGUGAUACUUGUGGGGUAAGUCAAAUGGCUUCUUCAGCAGUGGUCAAUUAAUCAAUACAACAACAAUGUCAGAAUUUGACAGUUGAUAAAUUAUCAUAACAAUCAUUGAAAGCAAUAAUUUAUGUUGAGAUUUAAAUGAAUUAAUUGCUUUUUGAUGUUUAUCUCACUGAUCUAUUGAUUAUUUUUUUUAUAUCAAUAAAAAAAUAAAUAAGAAAAUUGUCAAA